AUGUCCUCAAAGAUGUAUCCGAUGUCCAAGCCGGUUCUCAUUGAUAAUAUGUCGCGGUCUGAAGAAGAAUGCAAGAUCAUUCGCUCGUGGACGGGCCCCAUCGGGUAUCAAUUGAUCAAGCGGAAGCUAACUGUCCAGUGGGAAGUCGGCGGCCCAAGUGUCAGCAAUCCCGCCUAUACGACUCUGGUUAUUCCCCCGAACUGCGCCCAACCAUUCCUUGUGCUAUUGCACCAACACGGCGUGUAUGUAAACAUGCUCAAAUACGGUGAACCAAAGGUGAAGGAGGGUCUCAUGGACCCAGCGGAUUUACAGUCCUAUGUGAGCGUAGCUGCGUAUCUUAGAGACGUCAUACUCGCAUUCAUGGAAGAGUGGGAGGGUGAAGGAUUCAAGGCCAAAUUUCGUUCAGCCCGCUUGGAGUUCCAUAUGGCGAUGGCACUGACAGGGGGCGCGUUCACCGAUCGCAAUAUGCGGAAGGUGCAAAAAAGGUUUAAUGUGACGUGGAAUGAUUUCGUUGGGCGGGUGGAGGUGACGGACAUCAUGAAGCUCAAUGGAAAGGAGGCCGCGUAUCACGAAGCAGUGUGCGGCAAGGACGAGAACAUGUGUGGUUUGGACGAUUACCCGAGUAUCACACAUACAAAGGAGUCAUUGAGGAUGAUAGAGAGAUUCAUCAAGGACAGGGAGGCCUUGUGGGCGGCUAAAAAGAAGGAUGUUCAGUCUGAAGCCACGGAGAGAGACGGACGCGCGUCGAAGGGAAAGAAAGCCGCUCGUGAAGCACCGUCGGUUCCUGCGGAGAGCACGAAGGGUGAGGAGGUUGUCCGUAAAACGCGUGGGGCUAAGAAACGCGCGAAAAAGGAGUCUAAAAACAGGAAAAAUAGUCAAAAGAGCGUCCGCAACGCAUUGGCAGACGGAGGCACAAUUCAGGAGAAUGUGCACGACGGAAAUGUGGACACCCACGAGGCGUUGAAUAAACUGGACGCGUUGGCUAUAUCGUCACGCCAUGAGCCGUCCAGUGAUGCUACAGAGGACUCAACAGCGAAGACCAUCCUGCCUCCAGCAGCACCACCACGGAGAGAGGGUCCGAUCAGCAAGACCGUCCAGAUCGGAGCAUCAGGAAACGUCAACACAAUGAAGGGCCCCGAAGCGAAAACUGAUGUUUCCAAGCCGCCAGUCCAAACUACUACUUCUACUGACCUGAUGAUGCGAGCGUUCGCAGAAGGAAACGGACAUCAAAUCAGCCGAAACCUACUCAACUGGAUGAUACAACGAUUUCGCACACUCGUUGGCGUCCCGCUCGAUGAGCCCCUCAACGGCCAAGUCAUCCCACAGUCACCGGAUGAGUACGAAGACCUGACAGAGCAUGACUAUUUGGAGGCGCUCGGGAUAGAGAGACUGUAUGCUGCAUUGCUCAACGCAGAAGAGAGCCCCGGACACCUCGUUCAUCUCGCACAUGCACUGGGGAGGGCCGCCAACGAGACAAACGUCUUGUCUUAUUCUAAGCCAGACACGCCGGCCUUGGAACCCCUACCCCCGACGAUGUUGCCACUUCCCAAGACCAUGGCGUCUACUGAUGACCUCGCAAAUUCGCAGGAUGCGCUGCCCGACCUUCUUGAAGGUCAUCAUGUAUCGGCAUACGAUGAUCUGGGUGCCACAGGCGGCAAUUAUGAAAAUUUUAGCUCUACAGGACUGAGGCAGACGGACGACGACGACGACGACUACGUGGAUGACACGAGCGACAGGUCCGAACAGUCGGGCACCGCAGGACUGACGGACGCGGACGAUGGUAGUCCUGUGACCAGUGAGCGGGCCACUCCAAGAAAAUUCUUGCCUCAUGCGCACAGCGAUGAUGGAUCCUCCUCAGACCACGACAGCUCUCCGAUAUAUGCCGAUGAGAUGGAUGUGGAGAUAGUGAAGGGUGGCGACUGUUCGGACGAUAGCGAUGUCAUGGAUGGAGAAUCGAAAAGGAAGCGGACAGGAUCAUUGGCUCUCUCUCCCCCAGUGGUACUACUACAUUCUCUCGACGAGACUAACAUACAUAUCACUAACCAAUCCUACCAGUCUCAGGGCGGGAGAGGCAACAGAAAGCGUCCCAAGACUUUGUCCUCGAUUAUGGACGAUGAAACCACCGCGUCCACAUCACAACCUGCGUUUCCACUUGCUCCAGCUACAUCAAUGUUAGGGGUAUGGACCAUUCCUGGGGACCUCCACAAAGGCCCUUCUGCGAUGGAAGAGGACUCAGGGAGCGACGGACAAUGA